AAUUCUGGUAAUUUUAUUUGGUUCGUACACUGAAGAUGGUUCUUGGAUGAUAUAAAUACCGAGAUGCAGCGAAUCGAUUUCAUCAUACUAUGAAACCAAGCACAAAUCACAAAGAAGAAUACACAGGCUAAAACAGGAGGGUGAAGAAUCUGAAGACAAACCCAAAAAAAAAAACCCGAGAAAGAGAAAUACAGAUCAAAUUUAGCCUUUAUAGGAAAAGAAGAUAAACUUUGUGAGUAGCUAUGGCCGACGAAUUUCAGAUAGGCAGUGGAAACAACUGGUGGGAAUCAAGAAACAGGUUCGACAGCGGAUCAUCAUCACCGUCAUCUUCGUCUGCACUCACUAGUGCGGGCAGUUUUGGAUGGCCGACAGAGAUAGUGGACCUCAAACCAAGCUCUUCCAUCGAUUCUGUGUCUGUGUCUGCUGGUGGUGGUGGUGGUGGUGGUUCCACUAUGGUUUUCCAAGAUACCAACAAGCUCCAACCUCCUGAUGAUUCCUCCGGUAGCGGUGUUUUGGCCGAUCCAACCUUGCAAAUGAUGGGUUUAGGCCUCUCUUCUCAACCCAUGGAUUGGAACCAAACUUUGCUUCGGGGUGGAAAAGCCGAAAGCAGUUUUAGGUCAAUGCUUGAAGAGGACUUGAGCUCGAGCACAACUAAUUUUCAUCAGGAAACUGGGAUGGGACCGUCCCAAGAGCAGUGGAGGCAGAAAAUAUAUUCUGGCAGUUCUGACGACUCGACCGCCAACGAAUAUAAGCAAAUUAACCGGGGGUUUUCGUUGGAUCAACCAGGGUUUAGCUCCGGUGAAGGUGUUUCUUCUAGUUUUCAGAUGGAUCAAGCUGGUUAUGGAAGCCCCUCAACAAUAUUACAAGGACUAUUAGGAUCUGAUAGUCAGCAGCAACAACAACAACAACAACAAUCAAGUUUUGAGAAUCGAGAGGUGAAUUAUUUGUAUCCGCCAAGUUAUGGCAUGAAUUCUGGUGAAUUAUUGCCGCCUUGGUCUAAAUUUCCUCAGUUCAUGAGAAAUUCACCUCCGAAACAACCACCUCAUGGUCAGUUACAGUUGUCCAACGCCACUCCAUUUUGGAACACCACUGCGGCUGCCAUGAGUGACGCUCGAUCAAGCUUUUUCCCAUCCUUGCAGACUCAGCAGUUUUCUCCUCAAACAUUUGAAGAGAAACCUAAGAAUACGUCAGAGGCUCGGGAUUUGAGCACGGUGGCAAAGAAAAAUAGCAGUGAGGCAUCAAACAAAAGGACCCGGAGCGAAACACCGUCACCUUUGCCACCUUUUAAGGUGAGGAAAGAGAAGAUGGGGGACAGAAUAACUGCUCUCCAACAAUUGGUUUCACCUUUUGGAAAGACUGACACAGCUUCAGUGCUCUCUGAAGCAAUUGAAUACAUCAAAUUCCUCCAUGGACAAGUUCAUAUUUUAAGCGAACCAUACAUGAAAAGUGGAGCUUCCAAUCAACACCAGCAGAAUUUAGAUCAUAAAUCAAAGGAACAAGAAGGAUCAAAGCAAGAUCUUAGAAGUCGAGGGCUAUGUUUGGUGCCAGUGUCGAGCACCUACCCGGUCACCCACGAGACCACGGUUGAUUUUUGGAACCCUACAUUUGGAGGAACCUUCAGAUAGAGGG